GCCAAUCAAAACAUAAACACUGCAGGCCGCUAAAGCGUGUGUUAUUCAAUAGAGCCGAAAAGUUCGCAAAGGUAGUUUCAGUUAGUUUAGAAAAUAAAACAUGUUCAAGCUAGUCAGAUAUGCACGACCGACGCUACGGUGUCGGGCCCAGUGUAUGCAUGGCGGACCGAGCAAGGAUAACAUUGAAAUCGGCCCGAAAGCCAACCUAGAUCCAGAGCUAGAAAAGCAGAUCGAAAGUGAUAAACAGAGGCUGCAGUGGCGCACCCCGUACUCCGAGCGGCCGGAUAGUUUUUACAGCGCAUUCAAACUGUUUGCCUCCGAAAACCGUAACUCGGAAUUGGUGGAAAAGAUGCAGCAACCAAUCAACUUGGCGCCGGCCGCCAUCCUGGAGUGGUGGCAGAAACGACGUGCGAAUAUUGAAGCGCACAUGCAAAAGUUUAUUCCCGAACGGCACGCCACAUUAGGCGAUGACAUUGCAACAGCCCAUUUUAUUGUCCACCGCGGUGGAUCCGUAAGAUUUCGUGGCGAUACGCAAUGGAUUAAAAUGGACGAUGACGAUCAGUACGACUUGCCAAGACACCAUGUGCCCGGUAUGGUACUGGAAGAGGUGCGUUGCGAUGGAAUGCAACUAUUUUACGAAGGCAUGGAAAACAUACAAAAACUGCUACGUCUGAAGCAUCUGUCGUUCGAAAAUGUGUCACUUUUCGACGAUUGGUAUCUCGAUCGCAUCUCUGGCAAUACUCUACCGUCGCUGGAAAAGCUAAACCUUCGUGGUACGGCCAUCACCCAUCGGGGGCUCAAUUGCCUGUAUCGCUUGCCCAGCUUGAAGCUGCUUCUGGUGGACGAUCCCGAAAAGGAUAUUCAUUGGAAGCUUACUGUGGCCAUGCUCGAAGAAUGGAACCCUAGUCUACGUGUUGCUUCGAGUGAUCAAUAAAAUCUCGGUCAGUUCG